CUGUAGAAAGCUCCAGAUCAACAUGGCAACCUGCAUGAAGAUGUUCGGCGCUGCGAGACAGCUGCACAGAAACUCGACUCUUGUCGGGAAACUGAACCGACCCGUCGUGUUUAGGACCAGCAGCAGCCGGUCCCUCCUGACCGACACAUCAGCCCCGGGCCGGCUGCGGUCCCCGCGGCUCCCGGACAGUCCGGUCAGCGUGAUGACAGCAGGCUGCAGGAUGACCGCCAGACCUCACCGCUGGAUGCGGGUCGGGGGUGUUCUCCGCGGUCACACCGAGCUCCUCACACCGAUCUCUCCACCCUACAUGCUGCAGGAGAGGAUGUUCGGGAACCGGGCCGGUGCGGGCUUCACUGGGGAGGACGGCGGGGACAGUGCGGGCUCUGGGGGAGAGGAGUCAGGAGGAGAUGGGGGAGCGCCGUACAGCGGUCCCCAGAUGACGGCUCUCACCCCCAUGAUGGUCCCGGAGGUGUUUCCCAAUGUGCCGCUGAUCGCUGUGAGCAGGAACCCGGUAUUCCCCCGGUUCAUCAAGAUCAUAGAGGUUAAGAACAAAGAGCUGAUGGAGCUGUUGAGGAGGAAGGUUCGUCUGGCUCAGCCAUAUGCUGGAGUCUUCCUGAAGAGAGAUGAUUCUAAUGAGUCCGAUGUGGUGGAGUCUCUAGAUGCCAUCUAUUCUACAGGGACCUUUGUUCAGAUCCAUGAGAUGCAGGACCUGGGAGACAAGCUGAGGAUGAUCGUCAUGGGACACCGCAGGAUCCGGAUCACAAGACAACUGGAAGUGGAGCCUGAAGAGGCAGCAACGUCCCCUGUGUGGUCAGAGUCUGACUCAGAGUCCCAACCCAAACCUGCACCCAGACGUAAAGCCAAACGCAGCCGAAAGGACCAAACAGGAUCUCUGGCAGAGCAGCUUGAGGAGAAGAUUUCAGAAGCAGACCUGAGUCCAGAGUUUCAGCCGCUGCCCUCCUCCAACAUCCUGAUGGUUGAAGUGGACAACAUUCAACACGAGCAGUUCACUGUCACAGAGGAGGUCAAGGCGCUCACAGCAGAGAUUGUGAAGACCAUCAGGGACAUCAUCGCACUGAACCCCCUCUACAGAGAGUCCGUCCUCCAGAUGAUGCAGGCGGGUCAGAGAGUGGUCGAUAAUCCCAUCUACCUCAGCGACAUGGGAGCAGCUCUGACAGGAGCAGAGUCACAGGAGCUACAAGACGUCCUCGAGGAGACCAAUAUCCCAAAGCGUCUCUACAAGGCUCUGUCUCUGCUGAAGAAGGAGUAUGAGCUGAGUAAACUGCAGCAGCGACUGGGCAGAGAGGUAGAGGAGAAGAUCAAACAGACCCACAGGAAGUACCUGCUACAGGAGCAGCUCAAGAUCAUUAAGAAGGAACUUGGUCUGGAAAAAGAGGACAAAGAAGCCAUCGAAGAGAAGUUCAGAGAGAGACUCAAAGAGAGGACAGUCCCACAGCACAUAAUGGACGUCAUCAAUGAAGAACUCAACAAACUGGGACUGCUGGACAACCAUUCGUCAGAGUUCAAUGUGACCCGUAACUACCUUGACUGGCUGACCAGCAUGCCCUGGGGCACCAACAGCGAGGAGAACUUAUCACUGGAGAGAGCAAAAGAGGUUCUGGAAGAAGACCAUUAUGGAAUGGAUGAUGUUAAGAAGCGCAUAUUGGAAUUCAUAGCGGUGAGCCAGCUGCGUGGCUCCACUCAGGGGAAGAUCCUAUGUUUCUACGGUCCUCCGGGGGUAGGGAAGACCUCCAUCGCCCGCUCCAUAGCCAGAGCCCUCAACAGACAGUACUUCAGGUUCAGCGUGGGAGGCAUGACCGAUGUGGCUGAGAUUAAAGGACACAGGAGAACGUAUGUUGGAGCGAUGCCAGGGAAGAUUAUCCAGUGUCUGAAGAAAACCAAGACAGAGAACCCUCUGGUGCUAAUAGACGAGGUGGAUAAGAUGGGUCGUGGUUACCAGGGUGAUCCCUCUUCUGCACUGCUGGAGCUUCUGGACCCCGAACAGAACGCCAACUUCCUCGACCACUACCUGGAUGUCCCUGUAGAUCUGUCAAAGGUUUUGUUUAUCUGCACGGCCAAUGUGAUUGACACCAUCCCAGAGCCUCUCAGAGACAGGAUGGAGAUGAUCAACGUGUCUGGAUAUGUGGCCCAGGAGAAACUGGCUAUUGCUCAGCAAUACCUGGUGCCUCAGCUCCGCUCGCUGUGUGGUCUGACUGAGGACAAAGCCUCAAUCUCAUCUGAUGCCCUCAGUCUGCUCAUCAGACAGUACUGCAGGGAGUCCGGAGUCAGGAACCUCCAGAAACAAGUUGAAAAGGUUUUCCGUAAGGUGGCGUUCUGUAUUGUCAGCGGUGAACAAAGCACAGUGACUGUUACACCUGACAACCUGCAGGACUACGUGGGAAAACCUAUUUUCACAGUAGAUCGAAUGUACGAUGUCACUCCACCAGGAGUGGUUAUGGGGCUGGCGUGGACUGCUAUGGGAGGCUCAACGUUGUUUAUUGAGACUUCACUGCGCCGUCCAGCUGGAGGAGCGGACUCGAAAGGAGAGGGGUCACUGGAGGUUACAGGUCAGCUGGGUGAUGUUAUGAAGGAAAGUGCAAAGAUCGCUUCAACCUUUGCCAGAGCCUUCCUGAUGACCAAGGAACCAGCAAAUCACUUCCUGGUCAACUCCCACCUGCACCUGCAUGUACCUGAGGGGGCGACUCCCAAGGAUGGACCAAGCGCUGGCUGCACUAUUGUCACAGCACUGUUGUCCCUGGCAACCGACCGGCCGGUGCGUCAGAAUGUAGCCAUGACCGGUGAAGUGUCACUGACUGGCAAAAUACUGCCAGUAGGAGGAAUAAAAGAGAAAACUAUCGCUGCCCGUCGCGCUGGUGUGACCUGCAUCAUCUUGCCAAAUGAGAACAGGAAAGACUUCUCUGACCUGCCCGACUACAUCAGCCAGGGCCUGGAGGUCCACUUUGUGGAUCACUACAGUCAAAUCUACCCAAUCGUCUUCCCACAGGAACAGUCUUAACCUGCUGUCAACCGCAGCGCUAAAACUGAGACACAGCUGGCUCGAUGUGCACUCACAUAUAAUUCAGUUUCAGCCACAACAGAAACCCUGAAUGUAAGAGGACCGUCGUGAUAGAAGACAACAUCACUGAACUGAAGCCAUGGAGCAUACUGUGCCAAAGAUGGACAUACACAGUACAGUCAUGGGAAUUAUGGUGAUGAUGAAGACUGGAUGAUCAUCACAGAUAUGAUGUCAUCGAGGAGCAGAGGCUGAGUUCGCAGCCUCUUUACCCACAGUUCUUAUUAUAAGGGCUGUGGAUGGACUCUUUCAUAGAUUUCUUAUAUUAUUUUAUAUUAUUAUUGGCCAGAUGUGAUGGUGAAGUUUAAGUAAAUUAAAUCAUAAAUGCAA